GAGCAUUCGGUGAGCUUAGCCUUCUUUAUAUCGACAGGUUCGACCCGCAACUUUAAAUAGAACUCGUUCCCCCCCUCUUCUCUAGCUCGUAUGUUUUCCCUAUCGAUUUCCUCAGACGAAAAACAACAACAUCUAGUUAUUACACGAACUGUAUACAAGUCAUCAUCUCCAAGAACUUAUUAGUUAUACCAACAGCUCAAACCGCAAUCAUGGCCGCCGCAGAAGUAUGCCCCGUCGUUGGAACUACGAACCACACUCUACCGCCUUCCCACCCAGAGAUCGACCUCUCUAAGCCAGGCCAGACGUGUCCAGUCGUUGGUGCUAAGACAGAACACCACACGAAACUGCACCAGCACCCGUCUGUCCCCAGCGGCGAGAUCAUCUCUGCAACCACUCAGUCCGUCGGUUCGGCCGACGCCCAGGCCUGUCCCGCACUGAGAAGCGUUGUCAAUGAGCCCAAGAGCAAGGAGAUGGACGACCGCGUAUGUCCCGUCGUCGGACCCGUAACCACAGUCCUACCUCCAGACCACCCUAGCACAGCUAACAAGGCCGACGGAGACGUGUGCCCAGUGACGAAAGCCAAGGUCGGCCACCACAAGGACAAGGUUGUCGGCCACCCCCAGGUUGAAGGGUCCUCGGGUGUCUGCCCCGUGACGGGAGCGAAACAGACGUAAAAACUGAGAGAUUGAUGGAUGGGUAUGUGCUAUCUAGUUUCGAUACGGCGUUUUUUUGGUUAGGUUAAUAGGAAUACGGUCUUCUUGUACGCUACGUGUUUAUCGACGAUAGGCUGUCUUACAGGUUACGCCGAUUGUAACAUGACUGUAAGAUGUGAUGAGCUAUUUCUGUAUGAGCAUAAAACACAUAAGUGAACAGGCAAAGUAUAUGUGAGGUUAUAAGUUUGUUUCGGGACUCAUUCCGUGGUCAUGCCUUCGUAGUGAACUACGCGUAAAGAGGAAGUUUCCAAGUGCGUUCGCUUCUUCAGGACAAAGAGUAGAAUUGUGGAUAUUGUGGAUUGUCAGAAA